GCUUCUCUUCAGCUUGAUCUAGGACUAUCCAAUUGCAUGUCUUCCUCGAAUUUCAUUCCACUUUGCCACCAUUUCCUUUUCUGAAUCUAUGAAGAAAUAAUAGGUAAGGGAGAUGGCGGCAGCAGAAGCAAGGGCUCUGUGGCAGCGAACUGCUAAUCGAUGCUUUGUUCAAGAAGAUGCUAAAAGGGCUCCCAAGUUAGCAUGUUGCCAAUCUUCAUGUGCAACAUCAAAAUCAGUUGAUGCUGGACCUGCCAGUGCAGCUGAUGAAUCAAAUCAGGUUAAUGUUAAUGCCAUGCCUUUUAACAGAAAAUCUUCAUUUUCCAAUGUAUCGCCUGACUCAAGGUGGUGGUUGCAUUCACAACCUAAUUACGGGUAUCAAAAGAGCUCAACAUAUGAAAACUUAAAUUCAUCAUUAAUGGAUGAACUGGAAACCUUGAAAACUCUUGAUAAAGGAGAAGUUACUCAAUUUGGUGAUGAGAGCCAUGAUUCAUCUCAUUAUAUGCACUGUGACUUCCAGACCAAUGAUAUGAAGAAAGUUCUCAAGAACAAAAUGCAAGAUGCUUAUAGUAAGAAUUCUGAAGAAUAUUCUGAAUUAUCAGAUAUGAUGAGUAAAUAUGAGACAGUAGAGAUGGAUCCUGUUAGCUGCUCGGUGUCCAAGAAAACAAGUGAUUCCUGCUUGGGUUCGGACUACUCUUGGAUUGAAGGUGACAGGACUGAGCCUUGGUGGCGGACUACAGAUAGAGAUGAACUAGCUUUCUUUGUUUCUCAGAAAUCUCUAAACCAUUUUGAGAAUUGUGACCUCCCUCCACCUCAGAAGAAGUAUCUUAGAAGCCACCCAUGUGUUAAUGCUAAUGAUCACAAAACCAAGACAACAUCUUUUGACUGGGAAGCCAAAUCAAGGGACUUCUCCAAUUUGUCUGUUCACGCGCAAGAAUGUUUGAAUCCUAAUCUAAUGCAUGGCAAACAGGGACCUUCGGCCAAAGAAGAAAUUUUGCACUCUGCUUCCAACAAAUCUUCUAGCACUACUGCAAUCCAAGAUAAUAUCAUGGAGGAGCAACAAGUUCCUGGGGGAGAUCCAAGCAGAGCUGAACUUAUGGAAGCACUAUGUCACUCUCAAAAACGUGCAAGGGAAGCCGAAGAGGCGGCAAGGCAAGCUUAUGCUGAAAAGGAGGACCUUGUUAAGCUUUUUUUCAAACAGGCCUCGCAGAUUUUUGCAUAUAAGCAAUGGCUUCAACUGUUGCAGCUGGAAACUCUGUAUUUUCAGGUGAAUAAAGUAAAUAGUAAGGAUCAGCUGAUCUCCACUCUCUUCCCCAUGGCGCUUUCUUCGAUGUCAAGGAAACCACGGAAGAGAAAGCAGAACUUUGUUACAGACAGUCAAGAAAUGCAAGACCAGGCAAAACCUGAUAUUACAACAUACGCUGUUGCAUUUGCCUUAGGAUUAAGUCUUGUUGGGGCUGGAAUACUUCUAGGAUGGACUGUCGGUUGGAUGUUACCUCGUUUAUAGUUUUCUUUUUCCCCUUUUAAGGCUUGGUACAUAGUCCUUCUUGCCACGAACAUUGGUGGCAAACGAGGGGUAUUGGUUAACAGAUUGUGUAUUUACUUUUGUAGACUUGUGAGUCCUAAUGUAAAUUCUGUUGCUGUGUUUUUGUGUAAUGAAUGGGUCAAUGAGAUGAUGUACAUAGAUCUUUCUUGAGUGAAGUUCGUGUGGAACAGCUUUUCUUGGUCAUUGGUUUUAGAUUCCUAAAA